GUGGACAAGUACGCCCACCAGUUUGCCGACUGCGCCUACAAGGACCUUCAAGUGGUGCCUACAGGGUUGCCCUCCAACGUGACCACCCUCAGCCUCUCAGCCAACAAGAUCACCUCGCUGCAAAGGCGUUCCUUUGUGGAGGUGACCCAGGUCACCUCUCUCUGGUUGGCACACAACGAGAUCCGCUCCAUCGAGCCCGGUACCUUCGCCAUCCUAGUGCAGCUGAAAAACCUCGACAUCAGCCACAACCAGAUUGUGGACUUCCCCUGGCAGGACCUCUACAACCUCAGCGCUCUCCAGCUGCUCAAGAUGAACAAUAACCACAUGGCUCUGGUGCCUCAGGGGGCUUUCCACACCCUGAAGGACCUCCGGUCCCUACGCAUCAACAACAACAAGUUCACCACCCUUGCAGAAGGUAUCUUCGACUCACUUAGUUCCCUCUCUCACCUGCAGAUCUACAACAACCCCUUUGAGUGCUCCUGCAAGCUCCAGUGGUUGAAGAAAUGGAUGGACAGCACGCUCAUCUCCAUCCCUGAGAAGGACUCCAUCACUUGUGCCCUCCCUGAGCAGCUCCGAGGAGUGCCAGUGGGGAAGAUCCCAGAUGUGCAGUGCACCUCGCCUACCAUGCAGCUCACCUAUUACCCCAACCUGGACACCACAGAGCUCUUUGAUGGCUUCACCCUGACGCUGCACUGUACUGUGACGGGCACCCCGACACCCGAAGUGAGCUGGAAGAUCCGCACCUCCAGCCAAACCCUGGAGCUCAAUGGGAACCCGAAGGAGAGCGCUGGGAAAGACGUCCCUAAACAGGAUCCCGAGCGCUUCUUGGUCUUCAAGAAUGGCACGUUGGUGAUUCCCCACCUGAGCAAGCGGGAAGAAGGCACCUACACCUGCCUGGCCACCAACGAAAUGGGGAGCAACCAGACCUCAGUCAACGUGGCUGUGGCAGGCACCCAGAAAUACCCGCUGCAGCCUGGGAGGGACCCGCUGCUGGGUAAAGCACAGCCAGGUGACAAGAAGCCUGGGGCCAAGGGAGCAAAGAACAGUGUACUCAUGCCAGAUGAGAGGAGCAAACCCCUCGGUCCCACCCGUCAGAGCCAACCAUCCCCAGUGGCUGGGACAGAGUCCACAGGAGACGGGCAAGUCCCCUUCCAGCUUCCAUCCUUUGAGAAGAAGUGUGGCUCCACGCAAACCAGCAAGUACAUUUCCAACCAUGCCUUCAACCAGAGUGGCGACUUCAAGCAGCACACGUUUGACCUGGGGGUGAUCGCCUUAGAUGUGUCAGAGCGCGAUGCCCGGGUGCAGCUCACGCCUACCUACAUGCAGCCUGAGAAGGUCCACCUCAGGAUGCUCUACCUGUGCCAGGAGAGCAGCCAGGGCCACGCCUUGGUCCAGUGGUCCAAGAUCGAGGAAGGGGUGAACUCGUACUGGUUUCAGGGCUUGAACCCCGGCACCAACUACUCUGUGUGUCUCACCUACCUGGGGGAAGACUGCCAGGUCCAAGUGGUCUUCACCACCAAAAAAGAGAUCCCCUCACUCAUCAUCAUUGUGGUUGUGAGCAUCUUCUUGCUGGUGCUGGCCACCUUACCCCUGAUGGGGGCCACGUGGUGCCACCUCCUUUCCAAGUACCAAGGGAAGACCUACAAGCUCAUCAUGAAGGCCCAGAACCCGGAUCAAAUGGAAAAGCACAUGGCCGCUGACUUUGACCCCCGCGCCUCCUACCUGGAGUCCGAGAAGAACUACAAUCCCAGUGAGGUGGGGGAAGUGGACGUGGAGGAAGAAGAUGAUGAGGAGGAGGACGAU